AAGAUGAUCUGAUUUCUAAAAAGUAUUUGAUAGACUACUUGAUAGGCGAAUGUAUUAUAGAUGGAAGUGAAGGUAUAGAGAGGGCCAGAUACAAGGGGUAUGAGAUUAUUGGUGAUCUUGUUCGUGCAUCUUUGUUGAUGGAAGAUGCUGAACAAUAUGGAACAGAAUGUGUGCGUAUGCAUGAUGUUGUUCGUGAAAUGGCAUUGUGGAUUGCAUCUGAAUUGGGAAGAGAAAAGGAGGCUUUCAUUGUGCAUGCAGGUGUAGGGUUAAAUAAAAUUCCAAAGGUUAAGAAUUGGAACAGUGUGAGAAGAAUGUCACUGAUGAAGAACAAGAUUCGCAAUCUAGCUGGCAGUCCUGAAUGUCUCGAACUCACAGCUUUUCUCAUGCAACGGGGAGAAUUGGUAAAUAUCUCGAGUAAAUUCUUUAAGUCCAUGCCGAAGCUACAGGUGUUGGAUCUAUCAUUUAAUGAACAUCUCACCAAAGUGCCGGAUGGAGUAUCUGAUUUAGUUUCUUUGAAGUAUCUCAACUUGUCAGAUACAGGUAUCCGUCAUCUCCCUAAGGGUCUACAAGAGUUGAAAAAACUCAUUCACUUGAAUCUCGAGCAUACACUUCAGCUUUCGAGUAUUGCUGGGAUAUCAAAUCUGCAUAAUUUGAUGAUCCUGAAAUUAGCUGGAAGUGGCUUUUCAUGGGAUCGCGGCAUAGUGGAGGAAUUAGAAACCUUGGAGCAUUUAGAAAUUUUAACCCUAGAAAUCCAUUGUCCACCACAUCUGGAGCUAUUUUUUAGUUCUCUCAGGUUGACGAGUUGUACACGAUUUCUGGAGAUCUUGAAAUUGGAAUCAACUGGAAUAGCAAUUCCAGUGACCAUGAACAAGCUUCGUUAUUUCAUCAUUACGAACUGCACUAUCCCUGAGAUAAAGAUGGGAAGUAUAUGCAACAAAAGCAAUAUGGUUUCUCCUAUACACAAUCCGAGCGAGCCAUGCUUCUUGAGCCUCUCCAAAGUGUAUAUAAAUAAAUGCCGAGGCCUGAGGGAGCUGACGUUGCUGAUGUUUGCUUCAAAUCUUAAAGAACUUGAAGUUAGGUAUUCAGAUCAACUAGAAGAUAUAAUAAACAAAGAGAAAGCUUGUGAAGUUGAAGAAUCAGGGAUUGUUCCUUUUGCAAAGCUGGUUUCUCUUUAUUUGCGGAGUCUACCCAAGCUAAAGAAUAUCUAUUGGAAUCCUCUACGCUUUCCAUGUCUAAAGAUAUUCAAUGUAAUCGAAUGUCCAAAUCUGAAAAAGCUUCCAUUGGAUUCUCAAAGUGGCAUACAUGGUGAAAAUAGACUCGUCUUAGGAUACAGAGAGGAAAGUUGGAUUGAAGGUGUUGAAUGGGAGGACGAAGCUACAAAAACUCGCUUCUUAUCUUCAUGA